AUGCUCGUCUUGGGUUCACUGUUGCUGCUGUGCCGCCUGACACUGGCUACGCCGGCCUAUCAAGUCAAGGAUGGCAAGCUAGCUCUUGUCGACUCGGCCGGCAUCACCACCAAGUCACUGAGCUUCGAUAGCUCAAGCGACUCGGAGCUGGCAACAAGCUCUCCUUUUCCGGUAGACAGCCUCUCGACGCUCAAGAUCUCCUUCAGUGUCUCGAGUGACUCUGGCGCGAGCUUACCACCAGAUCAAGCCUCGCUCGUCUUUAGCGUACCCCGUGAAGUCGUUCCUUCUGGCCAACUGGUGAAAGAUGCAGCAGGUUCGGCAACUCUAGACGACUCCUCCGCUGCUCGACGCUCGUCAGGCUCCAUCUCACCUGUAGGCGCGUCGAGCAACGAGGUUUACGACGGACCUUUUAGCUGGACGACGCCUGUCAAAGUCAAGAAGACGGGCAAGGCACGCUAUGAGAUCGACAUGGCACAAGCGCCUCUGGAGCUACUGCUGCUACCCUUGGCUUCACUGCCCAGUCAGCCCGGCGGGGGCAAGAAAGGAUGGUCCAGCGACAAUGCUGCCUUCCUCGCCUCGACGGCGACCAUCCGCGUGAAGCUCUACAUCAGCUCAAAAGAUGUACAAGCGACCGUCUUGGACUUGGGUACGCUGAGACUAGCGACGGACCUCGUCGAGUCUGCACGUACAGAGAGUAUCAGAGAGAUCUCAGGCUCUGCAUCGAAACAUUGGGCGAGCGAAAAGUACGGCGUGCAGCCUGAGCUCGGGUGGACGUUCAGAUCGAAAGAGAAGAAAGUCAACGCUAUGCUAGCACUCGUGGCAACGCUGGCCGUCGUCGGCUUACCCUGGUCCUUCCUGCUUUUUGCUAUCUACAAGCUUUCCUCACAGCUCAAGCUAAGCAGACCGACGCCUUCUAUUCUCGCCUUCCUUGCAAGUAUCGCAGGAUUCCAAGUUCUGACGCAUCUCUACUGGCUCAGAAUGACAGUCGUCACCGUGUUGCCCUUUGUCGGUGGUCUCGGCCUCAUGACGAUCAUCACCGGUAGAGAAGCGCUCAGAGACGUUCGACGAUUACGUUCAGACGAUAAGAAAAAGCUCAAGAAGAGUUUGCCUUCUCUCGAAACAUGUGGCGCUUCGCACGAACCCCUCGUAACUUCUCGCUCGGUCUCAUCUCUUCUUGCGCAUCCAAUGGAAGUAAAUGCGUUUGUCACCUCCGAUGGCAUCCGUCAUCGCAAGCUGGGCAUCAGUCCGGUGACGCAAUUGGCCGAGCGUCUGUUCGAUCGGCUAUCGCAAUCCAAAGUACCUCAAUCGUUGCGGUUGCGAAGUGUCAUCCUCUUUGCGACAUCUGGCAACGUCAUUCCUGCAAGUCUACCCAUUGACGAGCUUGAUGGAAGACUUGUGGGUGCGCUCAGGGCGCCACCCUCGCUCGUCUUCGUCAAGAGCGCCCUGAACACGAGAAAGCUGACAGAGGACAUCAACCCUGACGAUGCAUACAAGAUUGAUAGACUCAACCCGCACGAUGUCAUCUACCUCCCCUGGCAUCUUCACAAACUCGCACAGGCCGCCCAAGAACGUCGUGAUGCGGCGGGACUGAGUCGAAUUCUCAUCUUCACCCUCGGCGCGAUCAUUUACGAAUUGACGCAUUGGUACUUUGUCAAAAUCCAUGGUCUAGGCGACAAACCCGUGCAGGGCACAGCAUCCCUUGCCGGCAAAAUGUCACGCUUUCUCAAAGGUGUCGGAUCGUCAGAUCAGCCGUUGGAAUACAAGCGCAACGAUGCUGGGGCAGUGGCAGUCGAAGCCUUGAUCGGACAUCAAUACGGUUUCGUCGGAUGGAUUCAGUCCGAUGCAUGGCCGAGUGACGACGAAGAGCUCGUACGUCAGAAGAGCGAGCAGCCCGUCUGGACACGCUCGACCGUCAUGACGCGAGAAACGUUACGAUACUUGCUCGGUGGCACACUGCCGCAUAACGUCACCGAUCUCAAUAAGAUGAAGCGAAGACCAAAGUGGGUCACCAGAACGCUCUAUGGAGCCCACUGUCAGCACACGAUCUGCGAUUGUCCCAAUGUCGCCUCGACCUCAUCUGAUCCCGUCAGCAAGCCUCAGUCUCUUAGGAGCAACAAUAGUGGUAGCGCGACUCCGUGUCGAGUCUCAUGGUGCAUGGCGCCUCAUGCGCUCUACCAUUGUCGCUGUGGGCAGCAAGACACCAAAGGCAAAGCACCGGCAGCUUCAUAUGAGCUCUACUUUUGCGAGGAAUGCGACGUCGUGAGCUGCAACAACUGCUGCACCUUCGAGCCUUCAUGCUACUACUGUCCAAAUUGCCUUUUCGAGGUGCCAGCAGCAAGCGUGCGAGGGGAAAAGAACAGGUGUGCACGACAUUGCUUUGAGUGCCCCCAGUGCAUUACAACACUCUCUGUCGUGGCACACGACUUGGGCAGAUCGAGCGCAGAGCCGACAUAUAUCCUCGUUUGCUCCUUUUGCAAGUGGGACUCAACAGAGAUCGAUCUCAUCUUUGACAAGCCGACCGGUCUAGCAGGCCAGAUGCAGCAGGCAGAGCUAGAUUCACCUGCCUCCCAGGCUUUUGAGCAUAUUCGCGCGCAUCUCGAGCCCUAUGUGCGCCAGGGUCUUUCUGCGCAAGCGAGCGCGUCAGGUACACAAGCUACAUCAGCAGCGCAUCUAUCAGCUCUGACGUCGCUACCUGCGCGAUAUGCGACCCUGCUCGCUGGGCAUGUUCGAGCGCGCCCUUCUAGCAAGGCUACUGGACGCGAUGAAUUGGCUGACUACUCAGCCUUGCAAUCCCACCGCUCGCUAUGUGAGACCACGGCGCCAUCGCAAGAUCGAUUGAACAUAGAAUUGCUACGCAACGCUACAAAUCUAGACAAUAUUGCUCCCGUCGAUCGAGCAAACACGCAAAAUUGGCAGACGUCCAGAGCGAGCUCGUCGCUCAUGCCAGCGCGCGUGCCACUGCGCGCCAAGAUGUCCAAGCGGUGUCGUGCUUGUCGACAUAUCCUCAUUAGGCCAGAGCAGAAAGCACAGUCGCUCCGCUACAAGAUCAAGCUCAUGGCUGCCAAUUAUUUGCCUGCUAUCGAACUGCGCAAACGUCCUUCCGUCACCGAUGAAGCGAAGAAAACAUCCGCGCUAGGAGACCCUUCCAUUGACAAGAGCGAUCGUCUGCUUCCAGGGCAGCGUUACACGUUCGAAGUCAGUUUCGCCAACCCACUGUACGAGCCGAUUUCCGUCUCCCUUGCGCAAGCAGACGUUACAGACGACUCUGCUGGGCCAGAACCAAUCCGUUUGACCACAGCAGAACCGGGCUUUGACUACGCAGGACCGGGUUCCAAGAAGCCAAGGAAUGACAGAACCAGGACACAGCUCUCCGCAUCGUCAUUCGACAUUGCGGCAUUUGCAGAGCUCUGGGAAUAUGACACCGAAGAUAUCGCGAAAGGCGCUGCGCCAAGCUCGCGCUCAGAUGGUGUUCAGCAGCGCGGCAAUAGAUCGAUCGUCCUGCUCGAAUGUGCUAUCGAUGAGCACGCAUCAGGCGAGAUCAGAAUCCCGUUACGUGUGACGUACACAUAUACGAUGGAGGAGGACGCAAACGCAAUGGCACUCGACAAAGCUGCGCAAGGCGGCAAACAUGCGCUUAGCUUCUGGACUACCCUUGUCUUAGGCCGAGCCGCGUAA